UAAUUGGUUGACUGUGACCAUGCAUGACGUCACUGCUGGCGAACUCACAAAACUCAAACUUCCCGUACUAUAAACAAGCAUUUAUUCUUCGCCAAUCGCCAUUAACAAUCCACAUAACAAAAAGCUUUCUCACACAAAACCAUGGCCACUCCAGAUGUGCUUAGUGCUCGCCCAGUGGAAUUGGAUUCUACUUCUCAACCACCUCCUCUCUUUGAUGGUACCACCAGGUUGUAUAUCAGCUACGUAUGCCCGUUUGCACAGCGUGUUUGGAUCGCUAGGAAUCUGAAGGGACUACAAGCCAAGAUCGAAUUAGUGCCUAUUAACCUUCAAGACAGGCCUACCUGGUACAAGGAGAAAGUUUACGCAGAAAAUAAGGUUCCAUCACUGGAACAUGACAACAAAGUUAUUGGGGAGAGCCUGGACUUACUUAACUACUUAGACAAUCACUUUGAAGGGCCUGCACUCUUACCAGAUGACCCUGCUAAAAGAGAGUUUGCUAAAGAGUUGAUAUCCUACUCAGACAAAUGGAUGUCAACGGUGUUUAAUUCAUUCAGGGGGGAUCCUGUUAAAGAGGCUGGUGGUGCUUUUGAUUACAUGGAAACGGCUCUCCACAAAUUUGAUGAUGGGCCCUUCUUUCUCGGCCAGCUCAGUCAGGUGGAUAUUGCCUAUGCUCCACAUUUUGAAAGGAUGCAUACCUUCAUAGAAGAUGUGUGGAAGCAUAAUGUUUUGUCAGGCAGACCUAAACUAACAGCAUGGUUUGAGGAACUGAACAAAAUGGACGCUUACACGGUAACAAAAGCUGAUCGCAAAGAAUUCAUUGCAAUCUUUAAGAAGCGCUUCUUGGCUCCGCAGUGAACAUGACGGGGUUAUUAAGAAAUAGUCCAGACUCCAGCGUUUAAUUAGUGUGCUUUCGUGAUAUUUCCACGCCAAGUGUUUAAAUAAAUGCGGUUUUAUCUACUAGAACCCUGUAGUCUUGUACUAAGUGGGAUUUAUAUGCUUAUCACGUGUCUUUAUGCUCCAGAUAGGUGCAGAUGUGUUGAUUUCAUGGUACCUUAUUAUUUUUAUACUGUGUUCAAUCUUAUUUGUUUGGUAUUAUUUUUAUAAGUUGUCUAUUGCUAGCCCAGAGAGCACUGCUCUCUGGGAGAUGUAAUACAUUAUUUCACUCGUGAAGUUUUCCAUAGUUGAAUAAAUCCCUAUCUUGUAAAUUUACAA